CAGACAACUUUGACAUUGGCAAUCCAAAAAUCAGUUGACUUGAGUACGAUGUAAAGUAAGGCAAGUGGAGUUCUUAAAAAGGGCCUCUGCCCUACUGGAGGAUUCGAAUCCAUAAUGUUGUCACGAGGGGAAGGGAAGACAGUAUAUGAUCAAGACUAAAUAGGAUGAGAAUGAAGAGUUCUAUCAUGCUUGGCCUUACUUUUGUGAUUGUAUCGUCGAUCAUAACAAGAAUUACAUCAGACUCUCAGGCGGAAGAGCUACUAGAGCGGUGCAGUAGAUUUAAAGUAACAACAGACCUGUCGAUUUUCUUAGGCAGUGUUAACAAGACCCUCGGAGACAUGAGAAAACAACUGUCUAAUGCACAAUUUGCGACGACAUAUGAAACAGAUGUGUUCGGGAUGGCUCAGUGCAGGAACUAUCUCUCAACUGCGGAUUGUUUGGCUUGCUUUGAUGCUGGCGUCACUCAAAUCAGACGGAAGUGCAAUGCUGUGGUGGACGCUGCUCACUUCAUAUACCAAGGAUGCUUUCUCAGGUAUGGGAUUCACAACUUCUACAAGGAGAUAACCUUUGAAAACCCUGUUUUAGUUUGCAGCUACAAUCAAAGUGUGGCUGAGCCAAGUAUUUUCAGUCCAAUAGUUCAAGGGCUGUUAACAGGAAUCGUUGCUGCCACACCAAAAAUUAAGAAUUACUUUGCAGCCGGAAAAAGGCAAGUGUUUAGUAAUGGUGCAACACUAACAGUUUAUGCUGUGGCGCAGUGUGUGGAGACUAUAAGCCAAAGUGAUUGCAGAAGUUGCUUGACACGGAUAUAUACUAACUUGAAAACAUGUCUUCCGCAACCAGGGGGAAGUUUUGCAGAAGCAGGUUGUUUUCUCAGAUACUCUGACAGCUCAUUUUUCGCUGAAAGCCACAUAACUAAUAUCACACCAUACAUAGGAGGAAGUUCAAGUGCAAAAAGACUGAUCCCCGGGAUUGUUGGUGGUUUAUGCUUUCUGUUCCUUAUAAUUGCUUCGGCUUUAUGGUAUCAAUUAGUCAGGAAGGCGAAGCUAGCUGAAAGAGGUGAUGUAUUACGAGUAACCCAGCUGCAGGUUCCAGUUAUUUACCGUUAUAGAGAUUUAAAAUCAGCGACAAAGAGUUUUAGCCAAGAUUACAAAAUAGGAGAAGGAGGUUUUGCGGAUGUAUAUAAGGGAAUUACAGAAACCGGAGAUGUAGUUGCAGUAAAGAAACAUGCUCUAACUUCAGACAAAGCAAAAGCAGAUUUUAAGAAUGAAGUUAGGCUCAUAAGUAAUAUUCAUCACCGGAAUGUUAUCCGAUUACUGGGAUGCAGUCACAAAGGAUCAGAGCUACUUCUUGUCUUCGAAUACAUGGCAAAUGGAAGCCUUGAUAACUUCUUAUAUGGUGAAAAACAUGGGACUCUUAAUUGGAAACAACGUGCUGACAUUAUUCUUGGCAUAGCGAGGGGCCUUGCAUAUCUUCACGAAGAAUUUCAUUCAUGUAUCAUACAUAGAGAUAUCAAAUCUAGCAACAUUUUACUCGAUGAUGGUUUUCAACCAAAAAUUGCAGAUUUUGGGUUGGCAAGACUAACAAUGGAGGAUCGAAGUCAUGAAAUUAGUUCUAAAUAUGUUGGAACAUUGGGCUACACAGCACCAGAAUAUGCAAUUCAUGGACACUUGACUGAGAAAGUUGAUACCUAUAGCUUCGGAAUUGUUGUUCUUGAAAUUAUAAGUGGCCUUCAUUGUACUGAUGUGAAGAUUGAGUCGGUCAAUAAUUCACUACUUGACUAUGCCUGGAAGUUGGACGAAGAUGAGAAGCAUCUCGAUUUGGUAGAUGAGAAACUAGAUCCAAACGAGUAUGAUACAGAAUAUGUUAAGAAGAUUAUCGAUAUUGCCUUAAUGUGCACCCAAUUGCCGGCUUCUCGGAGGCCUGCAAUGUCUGAAGUAGUGGUUUUGCUUACUAGCUAGUGGACUUGACUUGGAGCAAAGAUCAAUGAUCAUGCCAACCUUGGUUUGAUAUAGUAAUAAAGACAGUAGUUUUAGUUUGUUAAAAAAACCGUGUGAAAUACCUGAAAUCUGUAUGGCCACGGUGAAUACAUUUAAAUUAAAUGCAUGUACAUAUUUGCAAGGCAAAGUGUCAUAUCAAUUUUUGGUUCCGCCACUGAAAUGGAGAAUCUAGUAUUAACAUCAAGAUUCCAAAGUGUUGAGAUGAAAAGUCGACAAUUAAUUGGUAAUUGCCAAGAUAGAGAGCGUAU